CGCACCUCCGCGGCGCCGAGUGUCAUGGCCGCCAUCUUCGCUGGCUGCGCGCUGCGGUGAAGGCGGCUCCUGCUGGGCGGCAGCGGCGGCGGAGGAGAAACUGAAAACAAAUUCAACGGCGACGACAUCUGACGACGUAAAUUUAGAGCGGGGAGGAGGAGAGGGGGGGGGGGCGGAGUCGCUGAAGCGGAGGGUCAAAAAGGGGGGUCGGUCGCCACGACGGAGGCGGCGUCGUUUCUGAGGAGAGGAGCAGGAGGAGAAGCGCGCCAACUCGCGAAAUGCCGGCCGUGUCCAAGGGCGAUGGCAUGCGCGGCCUCGCCGUCUUCAUCUCGGACAUCCGCAACUGCAAAAGCAAAGAAGCCGAGAUCAAGAGGAUUAAUAAGGAGCUUGCUAAUAUUCGCUCCAAAUUCAAAGGUGACAAGGCGUUGGAUGGAUACAGCAAGAAGAAGUAUGUGUGCAAGCUGCUGUUUAUUUUUCUUCUGGGCCAUGACAUUGACUUCGGGCACAUGGAGGCUGUCAAUCUGCUCAGCUCCAACAAAUACACUGAAAAACAGAUUGGCUACCUGUUCAUCUCGGUGCUUGUCAACUCCAACAGCGAGCUGAUCAGGCUCAUCAGCAAUGCCAUCCGCAACGACCUGUCGAGCCGCAACCCCAUCUUCAUCAACCUUGCCCUGCACUGCAUCGCCAAUGUGGGCAGUCGGGAGAUGGCCGAGGCGCUGGCGUCUGAGGUCCCGAAGCUCCUCAUCGCUUCAGACACAAUGGACAGCGUGAAGCAGAGCGCCGCACUGUGCUUGCUGCGGCUUUACCGCACCUCGCCGGACGUGAUCCCCGUGGGAGACUGGACAUCGCGGGUUAUCCACCUGUUAAACGACCAACACAUGGGGGUGGUGACUGCAGCCACGAGUCUCAUAACAGCGCUGGCCCAGAAGAACCCGGAGGAGUACAAGGGCAGCGUCUCGCUCGCCGUCUCGCGACUCAGCAGGAUCGUGACAUCCUCUUACACAGAUCUGCAGGACUACACGUACUAUUUUGUGCCAGCGCCGUGGCUCUCUGUGAAGCUUCUGCGCCUGCUGCAGUGCUACCCACCACCCGAGGACCCGGCAGUGCGCGGGCGUCUGAGCGAGUGCCUGGAGAACAUCCUCAACAAGGCGCAGGAGCCGCCGAAGUCGAAGAAAGUGCAGCACUCAAAUGCCAAGAACGCCGUGCUCUUUGAGGCCAUCAACCUCAUCAUUCAUCACGACAGCGAACCAAAUUUGCUGGUGCGCGCCUGCAACCAACUGGGCCAGUUCCUCCAGCACCGCGAGACGAACCUGCGCUACUUGGCCCUGGAGAGCAUGUGCCUGCUGGCAUCGUCGGAGUUCUCGCACGAGGCGGUCAAGAAGCACCAGGAAACCGUCAUCAAUGCCCUCAAGACCGAGAGGGAUGUGAGCGUCCGCCAGCGAGCCGUGGACCUGCUCUACGCCAUGUGCGACCGUAGCAAUGCACAGGAGAUCACCUCCGAAAUGCUCAACUACCUGGAGACAGCCGACUACUCGAUCCGGGAGGAGAUGGUGCUGAAGGUGGCGAUCUUGGCGGAGCGGUACGCGGUGGAUUACACGUGGUACGUGGACACCAUACUCAACCUCAUCCGCAUCGCAGGCGACUACGUGAGCGAAGAAGUGUGGUACCGCGUCAUCCAGAUCGUCACGAACCGCGACGACGUGCAGGGCUACGCUGCCAAGACCGUCUUUGAGGCACUGCAGGCCCCAGCAUGCCAUGAAAACAUGGUCAAGGUGGGCGGUUACAUCUUGGGAGAAUUCGGAAAUCUCAUCGCUGGAGACCCUCGCUCCAGCCCCCUCGUGCAGUUCAACCUGCUGCACUCCAAGUUCCACCUGUGCAGCGUAUCGACGCGCGCGCUGCUGCUCAGCACGUACAUCAAGUUCGUGAACCUCUUCCCCGAGAUCAAGCCCACCAUCCAGGAGGUGCUGCGCUCGGGGAAUCAGCUCCGCAACGCCGACGCCGAACUGCAGCAGCGAGCGGUCGAGUACCUCAAGCUGAGCACCGUCGCCACCACCGACGUGCUGGCCACGGUGCUGGAGGAGAUGCCACCGUUUCCAGAGCGCGAGUCGUCCAUCCUGGCCAAGCUCAAGAAGAAGAAAGGCCCGUCCACCGUCACAGACCUGGAAGACGGCAAGAAGACCGGCCCUGGUGGAGAACUCAACGGAGGAUCUGAACCCAUCGCACUCAAAGCCAGCGCCCUUUCCACCCCGUCCCCGUCCGCGUCUGCUGACCUGCUGGGCCUCGGCGCCCCCACCGCGGCGGCCGCGGUGGCCGCAGUCGCGGCGGGCUCCGUGCCGUCGCCGGGAGGGCCGGGGCCCAGCGGCACGGUGGUGGGGCCGCCCGGCGGAGGUGGCGGGGGGGGAGGAGGAGGAGGGCUGCUCGUCGACGUCUUCUCCGACAUUGGCACCGCCGCUGCGUUGCCUUCCAUCUCCUCCGAUGAAUACUUUGCCAACCAGCGCACUCUCUCCCCGCCCGUCUCACUCUCUGAUGACAGCGCCCUGCAUGGCGCCGAUGAGCUCUUUAACAAGUUUGUGUGCAAGAACAAUGGGGUUUUGUUUGAAAAUCAGCUGCUACAGAUCGGAGUCAAGUCUGAAUACAGACAGAAUCUAGGCCGCGUCUGCCUGUUCUACGGCAACAAGACGUCCGUUCAGUUCCAGAGCUUCUCGCCCACCGUCGCGUGCCCCGGAGAGCUGAAAAACCAGCUGGCGGUGGAGGCUCGCACAGUGGAGCCGCUGAUCGACGGUGGGGCCCAGGUCCAGCAGAUGAUCAAUGUCGAGUGCUUGGACGACUUCAGCGACGCACCUCUCCUUACCAUCCAGUUCCGCUAUGGGGGCUCCAUGCAAAGCAUCACGAUGCAGCUCCCCGUCGUUCUCAACAAGUUCUUUCAGCCGACUGAGAUGGCCUCGCAGGACUUCUUCGCACGCUGGAAGCAGCUGAGCAGCCCACAACAAGAAGCCCAGAGAAUCUUCAAGGCAACGGCACCAAUGGAACUAGAGGUUACCAAAGCCAAGCUGGUUGGGUUUGGCAUGGCCAUGCUGGAAAGAGUCGACCCCAACCCGGACAACUAUGUGGGGGCAGGAAUCAUCCAAACGAAGACUUUGCAGAUCGGCUGCCUUCUGCGACUGGAGCCCAACCUGCAGGCGCAGAUGUACCGCCUCACGCUGCGCACGAGCAAAGAGAGCGUCUCCAAAAGGCUUUGCGAGCUCCUCGCCGAACAAUUCUGAACUCCGCUCUUCUCCAUCCACCCCCCGCGCGUCAGUUUCUCACGCACUCAAACGCUGUCCCUCCCCUCCUCCGCCAUGCCGCCUCCUUCCUCUCUCCACGUGUCGUGCCCAUUGUCGUUUCCUCUCCCACGUUCUGGUAAAGGCCACCCCCCCCCACCCGCUUCGUCCGUACUUUCGAUUGAAAAAUCGAUUUGGAGGGAUUCCCUCCACCUCUUCCACCGCUCCCCGCCCCCCACCCUCGUGUCGUGGAUUCACGCUUCCGAGAUCGUGCUGCAUUGUUGCGUGCUCCUCUGCUCACUCGCUCGCGGUCUCCCGCUCUCUCGCUAUCGCUUUGUCCACGUCAUAUGAACUCUAGAGCCGUGUAUAUCUGAUCUCCCCUUGGCUGGAGCCUUACAUCAAUUGUGAUUUAUUCUUUCCCCCCCUCCCCAUCCCAUGACCCUCCCAGGCCAAUUGUAUAACCCUCAGCCUGGAAAUCUUUUGAACACUGAACCUGACCUUAAUUUCCUACCCAAUCUUGUCCUUGCACCCAGCUCUUAAUACAUUCCACUGUUGUGAUUGGUUCCCCCAUGACAUUGGUCGACUGAAACUAAAUUUUAAACCUUCCUGAUGACUAAUCAGGUGUGAGCGUAGGGAAUGCUUGAGGCUCAGAAUUAAGCUAAAAUACGCUGCGGCUGUGACAGCGAUGGGAGGGGAGGGGGAUUUUGGCGAUUUUUUUCGUCUUGUUUGCGGGCAUUCGGGGCUCGCAGAGGUGAUGGGCCUUGGCCACUGAUACUUGGGUUACUUGAGUAAAAGCUACGCUUCUGAUUCCGAAGAAAUUUCGCACGUUAUAUUUCCGUACACCAUUUCAGACUUAUUUUUCACAUCCUCAAGAAAGUGGGGUUGUUUUUGCACAGCUCGAGGUCAUGUUCAUGUGUAGGAUGUUCCCCAGAAUAGUGGUGAUGCGAUGCUUUAAAUGCACUUAUAGUGUUACGUACACAAACUCGCAUGCACACGUGUGACAACAUUGCACGGGAGGAGUGAUUGGUAUUUAAAAGGCUCUUACGGGCGAGAGAUUAAAAGGCAACAGGAUUGGCCAAACGAGACAUGUUGAUGAUUCGUUUCCCUGUUACAUCUUUAAGAGUUUACCACUUUUCCCUCCAUACCUUCUCUUCGCAUUGUGUCGACGGGCAUGCACAACAGUCGUGGAAUUCCAAGGAAGCUAUGAAAGCAAUGACAUUGUUGAUCUCGUUAGCCGCUUAGGGAAGGGGGUUAUAUUUGUUUGGAUCUUAAUUAUUCGAACUAAACUGUUACAUUAUCAUGAUGUCUUAUACAAAUAUGCCCAGGCCGAAGGAUACAAAUUAAGUACGUUCUUCUUACUUGGGCUUAAAAUAUAUAUACAAAUACAUAUGAGAAAUCUCUCCGCGAUUAUGAAAUCCACCUUGCUAUAAGCAGAGGCAAUACCUCCUGCUUUGGCAGUAAACUAUUGGGGAAGGACUGCAAAACUGCGUCCCCACUACUGCAGUGUUAAGCUACCCCCCGGGAAUAAAAAUCUGCACCAAUUAAAAGCGGCGGGGGGGGGGGGGGGUGGGGGCUGUGUUUAAAAUGUAAAUUAUUAUUUUUUUGUUAUCGAGCAAUUGGCGACAAGAUCAAGAAAGUUGACUUACAGCAUCUUGUUUUGGGCUUGUUACACACCCCCCCUCCCCCCCACGUUUUACAAGCGAAGUUUCACCCUGUAGAUGUCUCUACUCGAAGUUUUUGUUUGUAAUUCAAGACGGAAAUGUCUAAUCGAGGAGUUUCACCGCCUCCCAUAGCAACAGUUUUGAAUCCCAUUACAGCGCCCCCACCCCACAUGCUUGUCAGCCAGAUCAGCAGUUUGGUGUAGCAAACGACGCGGUAAACUCUGAUGGUACCAAUCUCUAUUUAUGGUCACUGUAUUCACGCGUGAUUGAUAACAUUUUGACUUAAAAAUACCAUCUGUGGUUAUGGACCCUUUAAAAAAAAACCUAAAUGUCCUAAUAUUUUUUUUGUUUUGCCUGCUUGUCAAUCGCUCACUAACACGUUGCGAGUGACAAGCUGUAUCAGUUGCUGCGGACAAGUUACCUUCUCCCCAUGGCGUUGGCCAGCUCAGUGGGCCUUCCUGCCCCACGCACACCCCCGGGAUAACCAGCACACAGAGAUACAACACAACCGUUUGGUCUGGGCUGGUGCACUAAUUAGUCAAAGAGUUGUUGGUCAGUGCCGCUUUGGUAACGCGUGUAUUGAUUGCUUACCCACGAACGUGAUUUUUUUUUUUAAAUAAGAUUCGUGAUUGUAUAGCGUGUGAUCCUGAUGUGAGCCUGUGGACUAACUUCUAUCACUGUCGCUUCUCAAAAGCCAAUGUGGUGAAUUAAAUUCUGAAUGUCUCGCGCGCUUCAUGGUUCCAAAAAAAUGCAAUCGAUUUAAUAUAUAGGACGUCUUUUUUUAAAUGUUGACGUAGAGACCGAUGUCGUUUCACGUACCCCCCCACCCUUCAUCGCUACCUCCGCCCCAUCGCGUAAUGACACCAGAACUAUUUCGGCAAACGAGCGGCCACAACCUCGGUCUCCCUGCCCUGCACGUGGAUAAUGUUACGAACUCAUUCGUGCAUCAUUUAUAAACACCGUGGGUGGGAGUGAGUUACAGGCGGUGUUCGGUGAUGUGUCCAGAAUCCUUUUAUUAGAUAAGUGCGGGACUGAGUUGGUGGGCGUGAGUGUCUUGCGGAAAUUGUAAACUUUUUGGAUACGUGAAUCACAGACCAUGUUCAUCGAACUCGUCCGUGAAUGAGCCGAACUUCAACCACUGCCACUUUCGAAACACGACCACACCAUCAUACAUGCGUUGGCACAUGUAUGUAUAAAGUACACAAGCACAUGUGAUAUUAAAAGGUAUGGCAUGUAAUCUAUCGGAACACAUGUACAAUUCAGGAUGUUUAAUGCUUAUAUAUUAUGUGUGUACUGUAUACAUAAGCCUACUAAUAGUAUACGGUUAUAUGUGAUGUAUAUUUGAGGAUUGGAUACAUUUCCAAGCACUGCCCGUACACAAAAAAAUAUAAAACAUGUAUACUGUUAAUAUAAUGUGCGUGUAGAUGGUCAUAUGAUGUGUAAAAGUAAUUGAUCACAUACCUGACUGAUCCGAGUGGGGCUCAUCCGGUGGUGGUGGUGGUGAUCCUCAGCCAGUUGUCGGGAUAAGGGCAUUUAACUUAUGGUACAGAGCGACUUCUGAUUCAAAACCACGUUCGCACUUCCGCUGGUGUGCCAAAACAUUUGUUUAACAUCAACGAGCGUGGCGUUUUACCGAUCACGGAUGGGCGAGGAGUGAUUUCAGCUAGGAGGGGACUUUUUUUCUUCCAAACCUAUGUGUUUUUUACGAUUGAGAACCCCACAGCAGAACUCGUUUGAGAUGCGCCACCUGCUCGCUUGUACAGCAGUACCCCGAUUUACGGCGUCUCGCAACUACGUCGUCACUUGAUGAUUCACACCACCGCUACCUGAUUUGCGUCGCCUCAACCUCGCACCAAACUCGCGUCGCUGACAGCAGCAGCAUCAUCAUCCGUCCUCUCUCCUAUCCCGUCGCCUCUCAGCCUUCGCCUCCACCACCCACCUACUACCCACCCUUCGAUUUGACGUCGUUUCGAUAUCCGUCGUCGCACCUAUUUCAGGAAACGCACCCCCGACGUGAACCGGGGCAUUGCCGUAGGCGACAUUGUUCCGGAAUGCCACUCGCCCGUCUACGCACACAUUCAUUACGGACGCGGCGGGGUGCCGACCCAACGAUGAGCGUGCCCACGCGAAAUCUAUCGUUGGUCUCCCGUGUGAUCCAGAUGGGAUGUCCCCGCCAGGUCGGAUCUGACUUUGUUGUUGUGUUUCAUGGCCAUUGUGAAUCCCGUCGCGUGUGACGAUGCCCCCCCCCCCUUCCACCGAUUUGCUGUCCGGCUCUCGAGUUUCUGUGAAAGUGAGGAUCCGUGGUGUUGAGCAACUUCAACGCUGUCGUUUAUGCUGUCGUGGUUUUUCUUUGGUGGUGGAGGGGGGGUCGUGGCGGCGGUGUGAAAAACAACUCUUGGUUGAUUUUUGUCUUCCCUAUCCUUACAACCCAGUCCUCCCUCACCAUGGUGAUUAAAUUAUGUGAUUCAGGGUUAUUACGGACUAUAUUUAAAGCGGCUCAACACAAGUUGCAUGGUUCUGCAGGUGUGUGAUAUCGUGUGGUGUGGCUUCAGUCUCGUGGACGUCGUUUGUAUGUCAGUGAACAUGUGAAAAAUGUAUCCAGGUGUAUACGUAAUGUACGUGUGUAGUUUAAUUGUACGCAGCUAUGCGCAUGGUUACGUGUGUGUGGGAUGUGUGGUGUGUACGGGUUCCUAUGCACGGAUGCGCACGUGUAUAGGACGGGUGUGUGCUCAUGUGCGGUGGGACGGUUGCGUAGUGGUUAGCGCACUGCGCUACGACCCCGGCGUCCAGAGUUGGAUUCCCGCUCACAGCCACCAACAAGCAGGUGACGAUUAUCUGAAUUGUUGCCGGGCCCUCCCCUAAGUCGAAUCCGCCUCGCGAGUACUUGGUGCGGUGUGCAGUAAACAUCGCCACCGGGGAGACAAAGACGGUCGGGCGUAAGAUUGUUGGCCACCCACCUCGUGUGCCGUGUCGGCCGCCUUCACUGGGACUCGCCAACAGCAUUUCCCUGGGCCGUCUGUUCAAGGCUUUACGGGGUGGGUGGGGGGAUAUCCGUGCAAAUGUCUGGUGACCCGUAAUCGAUAGGAUGUGCGCACAUGUACACGCGUUUUAUCAGGGUGCUGCUCAAAGGAUUCUAAUUGUUUUCUCAAAUUCACCCCCCCCCCUCCUGCAUUCAUUCAUUUGCCUGUUAACCUGAAGCCACUGCGACCUUAACAAUCGCUCAAUAUUUAACAGGUUGCUCAACGGAGUUGGACAAAUGCAUCGCAGUCAAUGCACAUAGUCCUAGUAGGCCAGUGUCCUUCACUGCAAGGUCCGCGGGCCACUGUCGGUCCCUGGUGGCCUUUAGUGCGGCCCCCGACAAUACAGCAAUGUCAAAACACCACCCCAUCAUCAGCGUGCUACUGUCAAACCAAACAAUGGUUUCAAAUGUGUGGCGAACCUCCUCGCACUGACGAUGUCUUAUCGGCGCAAGUGGCCCUAAACCUCUGACAAUUGUGAAGAACGCUGAUUCUAUGAACUGGUCUUGGGUCGCCUCGAGGCUGACUCAAACUCACGAGAACCUGGUGCAAUGUGUAAACAUUGCCACGAGGGAGACAAAGGCGGUCGGGCGUGGUGCUAUCCACCCACCCCCCGUGUGCCGUGCCGGCAUUCACAACCUUGCAGUUGAGACACCCAGAUAAGAGGUGGUGGAGGUCGCGGUUAUAUUCGCAGAUUUGGAGUUACAUUUUUAUCAGCUGUUGACUUUUACACCAAAGAUAAGAAAUUGAGAGGCGGGGAGACUAGAGGCCCAAAAAGACGGAAACUUUGCCCCAUAUGCUGCAUACUGAGUGGCUGCAUACUAAGUGGCAGCACCCUGUGUGAGUGUUUUUGCUGGCGUGUGGGUUAUGUAUGGUGCGUGUACACGUGACCACGCGUGGUGCACGCAGUGACUGCGCCCCCAGUAGCCAGCGCUUGGUAGCACAACGUGAAAUCUAUGAUAUCGUACAAACUAAGCAACCGUUAAACCCCCCGCCCCACCCAACACGGCCAAUUAGUAAGGUUUGUCACGUAAACAAAAUAUGCCAAUUCGUUACUAGUUCAGCGCGCAGGUGUGUUGGAGAGCAAACCCACAACAUUUACAAUUCGAGUUCGCCGUUUUGCCAGUAAUUGCAACUAGCAUCAUCAGGCGGCAUGAUUUACUAAUUGGCUGUGUGGGAUGAUGGCGGGUUUAACAAUACAUUUAUGCGAUCUAACCCAAAAAACCUCUUAUGGAUAACCGGGCUUUCGCGACCAAUAUUAAACCAACGUUUGCUUUAUUGCAUGCACGGCCUUGUGCAAUAUGAA